AUGACCAAGGACAACAACCUGCUUGGUAAGUUCAACUUGGAUGGCAUUCCUCCAGCCCCUCGUGGUGUGCCACAGAUUGAGGUUACCUUUGACAUUGAUGCCAAUGGCAUUUUGAAUGUGAGUGCCUCUGACAAGUCUACUCGCAAGUCGAACCAGAUAACGAUCACCAACGAGAAAGGGCGACUGUCACAGUCUGAAAUUGAUCGCAUGGUCCAGGAGGCUGAGAAAUUCAGAGUGGAGGAUGAGCAAAACAAGCAGAAGAUCGAGGCAAAGAAUGGCUUGGAGAACUACUGCUUCAGCAUGCGCAAUACACUCAAUGAGGAGAAACUCAAGGAAAAGUUUGAGACUGUUGACAAGGGGAGGAUUGAAUCGGCCGUGCAAGAGACCUUGGACUGGCUGGACAAGAAUCAGCUUGCCGAGAAGGAUGAGUUUGAGGCCAAGCAGAAGGAACUUGAGGCCAUCGUGAAUCCGAUCAUGAUGAAGGUUUACCAAGCUGCCGGCGGCGACGGUGGAAUGCCAGGCGGCAUGGGCACACCUGGCGCGCCUAGCGCUCCCGGCAAUGGCCCCACGGUUGAGGAGGUGUUGAGUGAUUCUGAAAAGAGAGCCAAGUACGACAAAUUCGGUGAGGAGGGCUUGGACAGCGAUGGUCCUGGCGAUGCAUCCGACAUCUUUGAAGCCUUCUUUGGAGGGGGCGGUGGACGUCGUGGCGGCGCCUCCCGGAGACGACAGAAGACCAAGGACGUAGUUCAGAACCUGAAGGUGACAUUGGAACAGAUGUAUUCCGGCUUCACCAAGAAGAUGGCCAUCACUCGACAGGUCAUCGACAAGAAGAAGGGCGUCCAGGAGUGCAGAGAAUGCGAUGGCCGCGGCGUGAAAGUGGAGGUGGUCCGAAUGGGGCCAAUGAUUCAGCAGAUGCAGUCCCAGUGCCACAGCUGUGGUGGACAAGGGAAGAGCUUCCAGACGAAGCAGGAGAGAGAGGUUCUGGAGGUGCACAUCCAGAAGGGAUCGCCAGAUGGACACAAGGUUGUCUUUCGAGAGAUGGCUGACGAGCAUCCGGAUGCCGAUGCUGGUGACGUGGUUUUUGUGCUGAAGCAGCAGGAGCAUGCUGACUUCAAGCGUAAGGGGGCCGACCUCUUCAUCGAGCGCAAAAUCUCUUUGGUAGAGGCUCUGUGCGGCUUCACUAUGGAGCUCACGCACUUGGAUGGGCGGAAACUCCAGAUCAAGACACAGCCAGGCGAGAUCGUGAAGCCCAUGAGCCAGGGCUUUGACCCCUUGGCCAAGGAGGAAGCGAAGACGGAGUGGGAGGUGAUCGAAGAUGCAGACUGUCCCAGCGUUGAGAAUGUAGCGCAGGCAGACACCACAGACAUCGACACGCUGAAGAAGGCUUGUGAGACCCAGCUGAAGCGUAAGGGCAUCGACGUGGGCUGCUUUGUGGUGGAUGGCCAACGUGCCUACUUCAAGCAGUGCACCCGUGAGGAAGCACUGGCAGCAAAGAAGACGCGACGAGGAAGCAGCAUGUACAUCGUGACUGAUCCCGAUGCAAAGAAGGGAUUCCGCAUGAUGAAGGCGGUCAAAGACGAAGGCAUGCCUACUUUCAAGAAUCCGUUUGUGCAUGGCAACUUGUUUUUGGUCCUUACCAUUGAGUUCCCUGAUUCUCUCUCACCAGAGAAUCAAGUUGCAAUGGCGAAGCUGCUGCCACCACCUUUGCAUGUUCCCAAGUGGACCGAGGAUCAGCAGGAUGUGGAGAUCCACACUGUGACUGACAUUGAUCCCGUGCAUUCCUACAAUUCGAACAAGGUGAACAUGUCCGCCGGGGGCGAGGCCUACGAUGAUGACGAGGAGGAUGGCCCUCGUGGUCCUGGGGGUCCAGGAGGAGUGCAAUGCCAUCAGCAGUAA